GGCCAGACGUCGACGCCUACUUGAACCGUGGAGAGGUUCCGCCAAACCGCAUCUUCGGCCACUUCAAGUCGAACAUAUCACACGCCCACACGCCAAAAUGGCUGCAUCCGGCUCGAUCACCUGGGACUUUGACCAGGCCAGUCAGAUGGGGGUCAAGAGCUCGUCAUCCUCGACCAUCGUCAGCAACUUGCGCGAGCUCUUGCGAGACCCGAAGCGGCUCAAGGCGGUCCAACACGUUGCCCUGCGGGGCACACCGCAGAUAAAGCACCUAGAAAGCAGCCUCUUUACGAAAAGCCUCACGCCGGAUGAGACAAAAACAUUACACACCUGGAUCUCCGAGGCCCAGAUCCCGGACACCAGACAGGACGAGCAGGACCCGACAUCACUGAUCAUCGCCGUGCUCUCACGCCUCUCGGGCCUCAAGACGCUGGACGUCCAGACAUUCGACCGCACCGCCGAGGACGAGGACGCCCAGCCCGGACCCGAGGGCGACCAGUUCACAGCGCGCCUGCUGCAGCACCUCGCCGGCCCGGCGUCGGCCCCGGGCGGCCCCGGACACGCGCUCGAGACGGCCAGGGUCCUGGUCCCCCGCCCCGAGGACGACCCAGAGGACGAGAUGGACUACUACGUGUGCCCCUCGUCCCUGGCGCCGCUGUUCAGCCUGCCGCGCAUCCGGCGCAUCGAGGCCCACCGCGUCGACGACGGCGGCAAGCCCCUGGCCGCCGCGGUCGCAACCUGCCCGACGCUGAGGGAGCUCCGCCUCGUCCGGUGCCAGCUGGCGGAGGGGGGCCUCGGCGCCGUGCUGGGCGCCGCGCCCGGCCUCGCGACGCUGCAGUGCGACCUCGUCCUGGACGCGGAGCACGUGAGCGGCUGGUAUGACCUCGGAAAGGUCCGGGCUGCGCUUGAUGGCCUGAAGGGGUCUUUGGAGGACUUGUCCGUCAGGCUCAACCUCUGGUCAUCGACCGGUAUCGACUGCGGCAACGAGGGGCGGUGGGGGAUACGCGGGUCGCUGGGGUCGCUGGGGGAGUUUGGCCUGCUGACGCGGCUGGCCGUGUCGCUGCCCGUCCUGCUCGGGUGGUACGUCCAGGGCUCCCCCAGGCUCGCUGAUGUGCUGCCGGCUGGCCUUCGGUUCCUGACGAUCACGAAUGAGAUGUACUUCUGGUGGCAUUACGAAUGGAAUGGGUUCAGCUGGGACAAGAGGCGUGAGGACGAAACCCCGCGGUGGGGGUGGAUCGAGGAGAAGAUUGUCGAGUAUCUGGAAAGCCGACCGGGGAGCCUUGAAGAGUUGGUCUUGGAUAUCUCAACUUCUGCCUGGGGAGUCAGAGGCGUGCAGCUUAGAGACGCUCUGGUUUCCAAGGGCCAAGACGUUGGGGUCAAAGUAGUUGUUCAUUUCAAGCCGUCAUGAAGGGACGAACAAACAUCAUUUGAUUCGUUUCCAAUCCUAGAAUAGCGCAUAAGUCUGGAUACUUGCCCCUUUUCUAGAAAGAAAAUUUGGUGCAGUCAUGCUCAUGCUGGCGAGUGAAGUCGGGUUUACUAAUAGAGGGCCGUUGCUAAAACAAUGAGAUCUGGGGGUGAAGUAGGCAGCGCAGUACCUUUGCCAUUCGGUAUCUCUCAGUCUCUGCCAAAUUGAAAGGUCCCAGUUGCCGGGGUCUUGUCGCCAACGGGUGACAGUUCUGGCUGCUUAGUUUUGCAAGCAUUUGCUAAUAACAAUUAUAGAUAUAUGCUCGUUCUCACUCA